AUGGCAGCGAGGUCGAUUUUUCUUACCGUGCUGGUCGCUGCGCUGGCCACCUUUCUCUACUCGCGCAGCCAUGUCCUGCACAGCUUCGUGGCCAACGCGCCCGGCCGCUUGGCCAAGAUGAACACGUUUGAGAACUACGAGGUCAAGUUUGCGGACCGCCUGCGCAACUGCGAAGACGCCGUGCUGCUCACGGAGCGUCAGCUCGCAAUCACCGCCUGCGAUCCCGGCCGCGACAAGUGGAACGUCGUCAUGGGAAUCUACGUACCAGGUCACCUCCCGCACGCAGAGCUAUUCGCCUACAACUACGCCACCUCUGGCCCCGGCGCCGGCAACCUCACGCCGUUUCAAAUCAUCGGCUUCCCCAACGCCACCGACUUCCACACGCUCGGCCUCGAGUUUGACGAGGCGACGUCGACGCUCUUUGUCACCAACCACGCCCAGGCGGGCCCGCGCAUCGAAAUCUUCAAGCUCGACCUCGACGCCUUCACCGCGACGCACGCCGCGACGCUCACGCACCCGCUCAUCACCAUCCCCAACUCGAUCCAGCUGCUCGGCAGCCACGAGCUCUACGUCUCCAACGACCACUACUUCACCACGCGCGACGCCCCGCUCCUCUCCAAGAUUGAGACGUACCUCGCGCUGCCGCUCGCCAGCGUCGUGCACCUGGCCCUCGACCCGACCGACUACACCGCCCAGUCGGCGCGCGUCGUCGCCCACCAGGCGUUUGCCAACGGCGUCGCGCUGCUCAACGACUCCACGCUGGCCGUCGCCUCGUCGAGCGCCGGCGCCGUGCAGCUCUACACGGUCGAGGCAGACCGGUCGCUCACGCGCAGCAGGCAGAUUACGCUGCCGUUUCUGCCGGACAAUGUCGAGAUCAAGGACGGCAGGACGCUGCUCAUCACCGGCCACCCGCAUCUGCCGAGCCUCGCCAAGUUUGCGCAGAGCAGGCACGUCUGCAACGACCCGGAGGUGCUCGUGGCGGCGAGCGACGAGGAAAAGGCCGUGUGCACGAGUACUCCUGGCCUGUCGUGGGUGGCGGAGUGGAGCGAGAAGCAUGGGCUGCGCAGCAUCUUUGUAGAGUCCAUCUAUGGCUCCAGCGCCACGACGUUGUGGGAUGGCAAGGCGGGAUUCGGCCUGAUUGCUGGUCUUUAUGAAAAGGGCCUUUUUACCUGGAGAGUGUAG